GAAGCGGAGUCGCAUGAGAAUGGAUGCCGACCACCCAAAUUCGUUCAGCUGCCCAAUAAUCGGUUUUCAGAACCCUGGUGCCAACUGCCAAGUCACCCCUUGAUAAUUAGGGUCUUAGGGGAACUAUUGAUUGUCCAAUAAUCUCUUCCUUUGCAUUCCAGUCGGAACUCGGAACUCAAGUUUUUUAGCCAACCACAAAAAAAAAAAAAAAAAAAAAUUCGAGCGAGGUGAAAGGAUGGCAGACGAGAAGGUGAAAAGUGAGGCGAUGCAGAUAAUUGGGAUGUUUCAGGUUCUGCCCAGAUUAGUCGUCUUUGAUCUCGACUACACUCUCUGGCCUUUCUACUGUGAAUGUCGCUCCAAAAGGGAAAUGCCAUCUUUGUAUCCUCACGCCAAAGGCAUAUUGUACGCCCUGAAGGACAAGGGGGUUGAUAUGGCUAUUGCAUCCAGGUCACCAACCCCUGAUAUUGCCACCACGUUUCUUGACAAACUCAACAUCAAGUCCAUGUUUGUAGCGCAGGGAAUCCAACUCCCCUCGGCAAAUGAUUCAGUGGCCUACAGAUACAAGUGUUAUAUUUCUUCUUACAAAAGGGUAGCUGCUGCUGCUGGUUGUCCUUUGUAUGAGUUAACCCAUCAGAAAGGUCUACUUGCUACUGUUGUGCUUCAUUAUUUUGAACGAAUGCAUGUCUCUGUUUACCCAGGAAAUCUUUUCCAGCUGGACACACAAAACAGAACAUUUCCAGAAGAUCAAUUCGAGGACUAGUGUACCGUUCAACUCAAUGCUAUUCUUCGACGAUGAGGAUAGGAAUAUUAAUACGGUCUCAAAAAUGGGAGUAACAAGCAUUCUAGUGGGGAACGGGGUGAAUCUUGGAGCACUGAGGGAAGGACUCACGAGGUUUUCACAAAACACAAAUGCGGUGGAAAAGAACAAGCAGAGGUGGAAGAAAUUUUCUCAGAAGCCAAACGCAACUUCGUCCAAGGAAAAAGAGGAUGAUUGAACGCAAACAACUGUGUGCCUCUACUUUUGAACCAUAUAUUGGAUCCCUGUAACAACCAACAAUUGGACAAAACACUGUUGUUGUGCCUGCCUCUACUUUGGGCCAAAAC